UGCUUUUCAUUCUCAUUUCUACUCGCUCUUCCACAGCCCCAGAUGUUUCUCAGUUCCCCACUUGGAAUUUUGGCGGGAAAUCAAGCAAGCAAGGCUAUUUUUACCUCUCUUGGAACAAGUUUUUGAACUUCGCUAUCGUUUUUGUUGAAGUUCCAUCAGAGGGAGACGAAACAAUGGAAAAAUCUCGCAGCGGCAUUGGAGGGGCGAUCGAGGAGAAUACCUUGGCCAUUCUCGACGCAUCAGAAGCCACUAAACACACUCGAGACGCCGACGAUGAUAGAAUUGCUUUUCUCGAAGCUGUUCGUGCGACUUCACUUUUGCCCGAAAAUAAAGCGCCACCGACAUUCAAAAUGUGCGAGGCAGUCUUCAAAAUCUUGAGGUUCGGGAAGUCCCUCGAACUGAUUACAACAAGUUACCAGCUCUUGAACGAGUUAGACAGGCAAUUCCCUAGGGUUUAUAUGACGAAUUCAGAAGGUUCCAGUAUGUCCCCUGAACUAGUUGUGCUUCAGGAGGCUUGGACUCCAUUUGUUCUAGGCACUGACAUUUCAGAUAGUGAGAAGUCAACGGCUAAUGAUCUCACUGGUGGACUAUUUGACCCCCAUGGUCUUCAUCUACUUCUGCAAGGCCUUGCAGAAGCAUCAGAUGUUGCGGAUUUUCAAGCAUCAGACACGAAGGUCCUAAGGGACAUGCUAUUGUUUCAUUAUCUUGUCAGUGUCCUUGAAGGAGAUUUUGGGCCUCGAAAUCAGAUGUACAAAGAAAGCAUGAAUUGGAUCUUUGUACGGGAGUCUUUGCUUAACAUGAUUCUGUGUUCAAGGAAAAUGAACUACAAAGGAUUAAUGAAGGAUUGUAUGGCUAUUUUGUGUGGGUUGGGUCAAUCUCUUGCUGAAUACGAUAACACUGUCCCAUGUUCAGAGGCUUCUGUGGUGAAGCAAUCUGAAGCUAUUGAUACUGCUUUGACAACUGCGUUACUUCACUUUGGAAGGAUUACAUCCACUGCCACGCUGAAACUUAUGGUAAUGGUCAUGGAGCUCGAUUCCUCAAAAAAGUAUGCGGAUAUGCAAGGUCAUACUACCAGGGCUGAUGGCGUGAGAACCCCACUGGCGGAGAUUAUUCAAGAUGAACUAACUUAUGACAAAAACAUUCUUUUGCCAUUUCUUCAGGUCUUCAAGGACUCAAAAUGGAAACUGGAAAUAAUCGUGCAGUUUUUCUGGAAAUACAUCUCCAAGCCUUCUGUUCGUACUAGGAGGUCUAACGGUCCUGCAGUAGAUGCAACAUUCUCUGGAGUAUUGAAGUGCAUUUCAAACAGCUCUAGUACAAAAAGUAUUACUAAGAAGAUUAGUGCACAUGCAAUCCAGCUUUUGUUAGCACAUGGUUUUCAGGCUUUUCUAUUGCUCUCCACUAAACAACCACCUCUUGAAGGUCUCCCUGAUUCCAAAGAACAAGUGGCAGGCGGUUCCCUCGUGGAAACUUGCAAAAAUUUGAUCUCUAUAUUUAAUUGCCUUAGGACAUUGGACGAGGAGUUGGAAAUUUCAUCCUGUGCCAAAGAGGCCCUUUUUGUAGCUGCAACAAUCCUCUCCAAGAAGUUAUAGAGCUCAACUGAAGUCACUUUUUGAGUUGUUCACUCUUGGAGAUCACAUUAUAUAUAUAAGGGUCCCCUAUAACAGCAGCAAUCCUCUCAACGAUGUCAUGAAGAAAAAAAGCAACCUUUUGAGAUAUUUCGAAGGAUGAUGUCAUGUACAGGUAAGCAAUUGACGAUUUCAGAAUUAAUCUUAAUUUAGUCGAGUAGAUCAUGUAACCAGUCUGGUGUCCUCAGCCCUCCACUCGUUUAGGAUAUUUUGACUUUAUUUUUUGCAUUUUUUCAGUGUUCAUCGUAUUACUUAUUCAAACUUAUGCAUUAAGAGUACAAGACAGUUGCUUAUACAUUUAAAA